AUGUCAACAACCGAAGUCAAUUACUUACAAAAGUCGCAAUUAAGAAGAAAAAAAUGUUUUGGAAUUAAAAAGCGUUAUGUUGUAUGCCAAGAAAAGGAUUGCCCAGAUCCUAAGGAUUAUCGUGCUCAACAAUGUUCUUAUUUUGAUACGAAAAUAUAUCAAGAUCAGUAUUACAAAUGGAUUCCUUAUCUUAAGACACCCGAAGAUUGUCAAUUAAAUUGUCGUCCGACUAAUAAAAACUUUUUCGUGACAUUUUUGAAUAAAGUCGAAGACGGAACAUCUUGCUCGGGAAAUAAUUUCGAGGACAAGAUCUGCGUGGACGGACAAUGUAAGGCUGCGGGUUGUGACGGCGUAGUGGGGUCAAACAAGAAACUCGAUCAAUGUGGCGUUUGUGGAGGUGAUAAUAGUACUUGCAGGAUCGUAUCUGGCUUAUACACGAGACCCACUUUACCGAUUGGCUAUAAUUUAAUCGCUAAAAUACCAGCGGGAGCAUGCAAUGUUAAUAUUACGGAGUUAAAGAAAAGCAAUAAUUAUCUAGCAUUAAGGACACAAAGCGGGAAAUACGUCAUUAACGGCAACUGGGCCAUUAAUUGGUCGGGGACGUACGAAGCUGCAUCUACACGUUUCGUUUAUCGCCGACACGACGGUCCGAGCCGGAAUGGAGAACAAAUAGUUGCCAAAGGACCAACUUCAGAAACUGUCGACGUCUUGAUAAUUUAUCAACAACCGAACCACGGAAUUAAAUACGAAUAUAGUUUGUCCGUGACAUCAGCCGCAACUUCGAGAUAUCAUAAUUGGAAUGGAGCAAAAACGCCAUCUCUACCGUUGAAAGAAACGGACUCCGGAUAUAGUACUCCGACUCUUGUAAACCAACACGAAGAAUCGAAGAAAGAUAAAAGGAAACAACGGCAUCGUAACAGAAAUAUUCAAAGAGUUUUGAAUAGUGAUAGAAAUAACCAAACGAGUAGUGAUAAUUUAGGACAACGAGAGAGAUCCAGAUAUCGUCAACGAGGUGAAUACAGAUGGAGAAUCAUGGGCUUCACAGAAUGCACUACUACUUGCGGAGGUGGAAUUCAGAAAGCGCUUGUCGUUUGCGUGAAAAGAAAAUUACUUUCUGUAGUCGAAGAUAAAAAGUGUGAUGGGAUGAUCAAACCCGCAGUCCAGACAGUGCGAUGUAAUUCCAGACCCUGUCCUGCCAGAUGGACGGCGGAUGCAUGGUCAUCGUGCAGCACCAGUUGUGGCGAAGGCAUUCAAACACGGAUCGUAACUUGCAAGCAGGAUCUCUCACCGAGAUUGCAGAUAAAAGUAGACGAAAGCGAUUGUCUCGCCUCGGAAAAACCGCAAUCUUCGCAACCCUGUAAUUUAAAUCCUUGUAAUCAAUGGACAGUUGGAGACUGGACUCAGUGUUCUGUCGAUUGCGGAAGAGGAAUAAAGAAAAGAGAUGUUAAAUGUAUUUCCAGCCACGGUUCCACCUUACCAGAUUCCGAAUGUAGCAUUCGUAAGCCCGAAGUAGAAGAAACUUGCGAAAUGAAAAAAUGUAUCAGCAACACGUGGUUCUUUUCAGAAUGGUCCAAAACGUGUUCUGUGGAAUGUGGAACAGGAGUUCAGACAAGAAUUGUGAUGUGUCCUACUCUAAAUUCGACAAAAAAUAUUGAAUGCCAUCCCAAGUCUAAACCUCCUUCGGAAAAAUCUUGUACUAAAAUAUGUGGUGCAAAAUGGUUCACAGGACCGUGGAGUCAGUGUUCCGGAAAAUGUGGACACGGAAUAGAGACGAGAGACGUCGUAUGUUUGCUUCACGUAAAUGGCCAAUGGAAAGAAACAUACGAAAAGGAUUGUCACGGUAAAAAAAAGCCACCCAAAGAACAAUCUUGUCAUCUUAAGCCCUGUGGACCACAAUGGUUUACCAACGAAUGGUCGCAAUGCUCGAAAACAUGUGGAAGAGGGAUACAAACUCGAGAAGUGAUAUGUUCGGAUUCGACACAUCGAGAAAAUGAUCGAUGCAAUCUUCAGGAAAAACCGCAAAGUACACAAUCUUGCAACAACGAAAUAUGUUCAAAGAAAGGAAACAGUAAAUCUGCAUUUAAUAACGUCUGGAAGAUCGCUUCAGGAUUUUCAAAACGAUACAACACGUGGUUCUUUUCAGAAUGGUCCAAAACGUGUUCUGUGGAAUGUGGAACAGGAGUUCAGACAAGAAUUGUGAUGUGUCCUACUCUAAAUUCGACAAAAAAUAUUGAAUGCCAUCCCAAAUCUAAACCUCCUUCGGAAAAAUCUUGUACUAAAAUAUGUGGUGCAAAAUGGUUCACAGGACCGUGGAGUCAGUGUUCCGGAAAAUGUGGACACGGAAUAGAGACGAGAGACGUCGUAUGUUUGCUUCACGUAAAUGGCCAAUGGAAAGAAACAUACGAAAAGGAUUGUCACGGUAAAAAAAAGCCACCCAAAGAACAAUCUUGUCAUCUUAAGCCCUGUGGACCACAAUGGUUUACCAACGAAUGGUCGCAAUGCUCGAAAACAUGUGGAAGAGGGAUACAAACUCGAGAAGUGAUAUGUUCGGAUUCGACACAUCGAGAAAAUGAUCGAUGCAAUCUUCAGGAAAAACCGCAAAGUACACAAUCUUGCAACAACGAAAUAUGUUCAAAGAAAGAUUCAGAUUGUAUCGAUAAAUAUCUUAAUUGCCAGCUAGUAGUAAGGGCCAGACUGUGCAGCUAUUCUUAUUACAGACAACUGUGUUGUGAAUCUUGCAGGGAAGUAACGUAGUGCCAUGUAAAUAACUCUUCUUUUAAAAAUUAUGUAGAUAUCCGUCGAAUAUUUAGGUGCCAAAAAGAGACAUUUUGAUAUAUCGGUCAAAAAAAAAUAUGUCGUGAAAAAUAAAUAUAAAUAAACAUUGUCUUCGGAAGAGCAGUUACGAUAGAAUGUGCUUCGAUCUUACUUAAUAUCCCUCAUAUUUCUUAAAAAUAGGACUUUACAAAUGUUAGCAAUGGACAUUUUAUUGUUAUCACCAAUCUUUAAAUUAUUUAAUCUUGAUU